GGCUUGGAGAGGUCCCGGGGGAGGAUGGAGCAGUGAGCGGGUUCGGGCCGCUGCCGGCAGCGCCAUGGAGACGGUGCAGCUGAGGAACCCGCCGCGCCGGCAGCUGAAGAAGUUGGAUGAAGAUAGUUUAACCAAACAACCAGAAGAAGUGUUUGAUGUCUUAGAGAAACUUGGAGAGGGGUCCUAUGGCAGCGUAUACAAGGCUAUUCAUAAAGAGACCGGUCAGAUUGUUGCUAUUAAGCAGGUUCCUGUGGAAUCAGACUUGCAGGAGAUAAUCAAGGAAAUCUCCAUAAUGCAGCAAUGUGACAGCCCUCAUGUGGUCAAGUAUUACGGCAGCUAUUUUAAGAACACAGACCUGUGGAUUGUUAUGGAGUACUGUGGGGCUGGCUCUGUGUCUGAUAUCAUUCGAUUGCGGAACAAAACGUUAACAGAAGAUGAAAUAGCUACAAUCUUACAGUCAACGCUUAAGGGACUAGAAUACCUUCAUUUUAUGAGAAAAAUACACCGAGAUAUCAAGGCAGGAAAUAUUUUGCUAAAUACAGAAGGACAUGCAAAACUUGCAGAUUUUGGGGUAGCAGGUCAACUUACAGAUACCAUGGCCAAGAGAAAUACGGUGAUAGGAACACCAUUUUGGAUGGCUCCAGAAGUGAUUCAGGAAAUUGGGUAUAACUGUGUGGCAGACAUCUGGUCACUGGGAAUAACUGCCAUAGAAAUGGCUGAAGGAAAGCCUCCAUAUGCCGAUAUCCACCCAAUGAGGGCAAUCUUCAUGAUUCCUACAAAUCCUCCUCCCACAUUCCGAAAGCCAGAACUGUGGUCAGAUCACUUCAUGGAUUUUGUGAAGCAGUGUCUUGUAAAGAGCCCUGAUCAGAGAGCCACAGCCACUCAGCUCCUGCAGCACCCAUUUGUCAAGAGUGCCAAAGGAGUGUCGAUACUGCGGGACUUAAUUAAUGAAGCCAUGGACGUGAAACUGAAACGCCAGGAGGCCCAGCAGCGGGAGGUGGACCAGGACGAUGAGGAGAACUCAGAGGAAGAUGAAAUGGAUUCUGGCACGAUGGUUCGAGCAGUAGGUGAUGACAUGGGGACUGUCCGAGUUGCCAGCACCAUGAGCGAUGGAGCCAAUACCAUGAUCGAACAUGAUGACACAUUGCCAUCACAGCUGGGCACCAUGGUGAUCAAUACGGAGGAUGAGGAAGAGGAAGGAACUAUGAAAAGAAGAGAUGAGACCGUGCAGCCCGCAAAACCAUCUUUCCUGGAGUACUUUGAACAAAAAGAGAAGGAGAAGCAGACCAACAGCUUUGGCAAGAGCGUGCCUGGCCCACUGAAGACUCCCUCGGAUUGGAAGGUACCACAGGAUGGAGACUACGAGUUUCUUAAGAGUUGGACAGUGGAAGACCUUCAGAAGAGGCUCUUGGCCCUUGACCCCAUGAUGGAACAGGAGAUCGAGGAGAUCCGGCAGAAGUACCAGUCCAAGCGGCAGCCGAUCCUGGAUGCCAUUGAGGCUAAGAAGCGGCGGCAACAGAACUUCUGAGCACGGCCAGGCCCGAGGGCCCUGUCUGCACACCCGGCCUUCCAUGAAUGUUGGGCUUGCUGGCCGUUCACGUUGUCAGCCAGCAGUUCUGCUCUGUUAUUUCUCCACGGCACCUUUGUGAACUCAGGAAUGUGCGCCAGAGAGAAGGGCUACCUUGACAGUGUGCCAUCUUGAUACAUGUAUUUAAUUGGGUCGGGUAUGUUAUUUCAAAGGAUUUCUGUUGGCGCUUUUAAACUCAGAGUUUUAAACCCCAAGCACAGAGAGACUCCUAGUUGAGUGACAGCUGGGAAAAUUUUACAUCGUCUUUUGUUUUUCCUCUCUCAAUAGCUUUCAAUUGUUCUUUCUGGAAGACUUUUUUAAAAUAUAUAAAUGUACGUAUAUAUAUAAAUUAUAAAUAGAUUCGCCACUCAGUGUGGUGGCAUCUCUGUA